GAGGGCGGAAGGGGCGUUAGCCUGCCCGCUGACAACCCCGCGCGAGGACGCUGAUGACAGCGACCUUGAGAGGGAUGUCGCGCAGCUGAUGGACCACGACGCCCCGCUGGAAUCGGACGAGGAGAUGAGCAUCAAAGAUGGCUCCUCCACCCCUAACUAACUUCAUACAAACCAACCUCCAGCAUAAACAAGCCGCAACGGCUACCUUGCGAAGAAUGCUGGAGGUCAACAACGAGACCGUCGCCCUUAUCCAGGAGCCGUGGAUAAGGAAGGGCAGAAUCUGCGGUCUAAACAACAUCGGAGGUAAGCUACUUCUGGACACAACCGUAAUCAAUCCACGCACUUGCAUAUAUCUCCCCAAACAAAUCAACGCAGUUUUAAUGAAUGAGUUCUGUUCCAGAGACCUGACUACGGUCAGGCUCCAGAGUAACUGCGCCAGCAGCCCAGAGAUCAUCAUAGCGUCUGCCUACCUGCCGGGCGACGCGGACAUACCGACGGUCGAGCUGGCAAACCUCAUCCGACACUGCGAAAACAAGAAGCUUGAGCUGAUCGUCUCGGCGGAUGCGAACGCGCACCACAGGCUGUGGGGCAGCGAAUCUUCCAACAGACGAGGUAAGACCGACAGCCCUCUAUGCCGAGGAUGCCUGUCGGCCGAAGAAACGGUCGCCCACGUCAUCCUGGAGUGCGAGGGAGUGAACACACAACGGGCUCAAAUCCUCAAAACGACGAGGUCACUCCGAGAAGCCUGUGGAGACACCAGGAGGAUCCUGCGCUUCUGGGCGGAGUUAGGCUGGCUAGACCCCUAGCUGGCAAAUACAGCACGCACAAUGGCCUCUAUCUUUGAGGCUAAGUGCGGAAACCGGAGCCCAUAACCAUAACCAUAA